CAGGCUGCCCAGGCGACAUUCAAGUCCAUCAAGGCCGUCGUGCCUCUCCUUGACCGUGUCCUCGUCCAGAGGUUCAAGCCCGAGACGAAAACCGCGACAGGCAUCUUCCUGCCGGCGUCUGCGACGAGCAACCCCCUCCCCGAGGCGACCGUCAUCGCGGUUGGCCCCGGCGCAACGAACAAGGAGGGCAAGAUUAUUCCUACGGCGGUCAAGGCCGGUGACCGCGUCCUCCUCCCUGGCUGGGGCGGCAACUCGAUAAAGGUUGGCGAGGAGGAAUUCUUCCUCUUCCGGGACUCGGAGAUCCUCGCGAAGAUCCAGGAGUGA